AUGAUUUCUGGUGUGUACAGUGUACACCGUGUUUCAGCAACUCAGGUCCUGGAUGGUUGCCAGCGCACCUGUGGAAUUUGCCAGCCUUCAGACCAGACUACCAGCACGGAGACACCACUAAGCAGCAGCACGUCGGAAGAGCCCGAGCUGCAAAUCGAUUGGCCUGGCGACAGCAAUGCUUUGCGGCUCAUCGUUCGCAUCACCACGCGCAGCAACCAAGUGCGUGAAGCGGUCACCUACAACCUGGAACAGCUGAGACUAAACCAGGGCCCGCUCUUGCAGGUGAUCUACCAGGAGCUCGAGGCCGUGGGGCUAUCGGGCGCCAGUAUACCAGGGCAGAUGUGGGUGCACGUGGCGCUCGGCCCGACGGUGGAGAUGGCGCCGCCCGACACCACAACCACCGAGCCACCGCCUGUUUGGACGGCGAGCACAACGAUAGUUGUCGUCCUGGCGAGUGCUCUCGGCAUUUCCACGCUGAUUUCGUGUUGUGCAGUCGCCUUCUAUAUGUACUACCAGCGCCAGAAGUACGCGGUUGCUGUGGGUACAGAAGAUCAGGAAGUCGUGCAGCGAUCAGAGGGUGGAUACAGGAUGAAAAAGAAGAUAAUCCCUGGCCAAGCUCCAGACACAGAGCCCAAGAAGCCUUCGCGGCUGUCGAGAUGCUGUGAAAAGCUUUGGCCCAAACGACAAGUGCGGCGGAUAGCACCGGUGUCACAGGCAGGCGGUGGUCAGCUCGCUGUGGGCGCGCAUGUCCGACUAGUCGGGCUUUCACAGGCACACUUCAAUGGGCUGGAAGGUUUCAUUACAGGUGGUCCGAACGAGAAGGGCCGCUAUUCAGUGGACGUAAUCGUUGAUGACGACGAGAUGACUCGCGAGAUGCAGACUUUGAGCUUCAAGCCUGAGAAUUUGCGGCUGGUGCCACCAGAGAACGCGAACAACACCCAGGUGCCAGGCCCAGGACGAGGUCCAACCAGCUACCGGGCAGGUCCAUGA